CUCUUUUGUGCCUGGUGGAUUGAUUUCAAAACGCUUCUUCUUCUUCUUCUUCUUCUUCUCUGAUCUCCUCAUCUUCGGAUCGUCGUCUUCUCUACUCUGUGAACGAUGGAGCAACAACCGGAGAGACGAGAAGGUCGGAGCUUCCCCGAGCGUAAAGGACAAAAGAGAAAGCUUGAGGAAGGAGCAGCCGCCGUAGAAGAUCGAGAGAUCUCUGCCGUAACCACCGACGGAGGCCAAGCGCUUCUCAGCGAGGUUGCUGCUCAAGUUUCCGUUCUAAACUCUGCUUUCUCUUGGCAAGAAUCCGAUCGCGCUGCUGCUAAACGCGCCACUCAAGUCCUUGCCGAGCUCGCCAAAAACGAGGAUUUAGUGAACUUGAUUGUCGACGGAGGUGCUGUUCCUGCGCUUAUGACGCAUCUACAAGCACCGCCGUACAACGGCGGAGACUUGGCUGAGAAGCCGUUCGAACACGAGGUUGAGAAAGGAAGCGCUUUUGCGCUUGGUCUUCUUGCAAUUAAGCCAGAGUAUCAGAAACUGAUAGUAGACAAAGGUGCUUUACCUCAUCUAGUGAAUCUGCUGAAGAGAAACAAAGAUGGUUCUACCUCUCGAGCUGUUAAUAGUGUUAUCAGAAGAGCCGCUGAUGCCAUCACUAAUCUUGCUCAUGAGAACAGCAGUAUCAAGACUCGUGUUAGGAUGGAAGGCGGUAUACCACCUCUCGUGGAGUUACUUGAAUUUUCUGAUUCAAAGGUUCAGCGAGCAGCAGCAGGGGCACUGAGAACCCUUGCAUUUAAAAAUGAUGAUAACAAGAACCAGAUAGUUGAGUGCAAUGCUCUUCCCACGCUCAUCCUAAUGCUAGGAUCAGAGGAUGCUGCUAUACAUUAUGAAGCGGUUGGAGUUAUAGGCAAUCUAGUACACUCGUCUCCACACAUUAAGAAAGAGGUUCUUGCUGCCGGGGCAUUGCAACCUGUCAUUGGCCUUCUUAGCUCUUGUUGCCCUGAGAGUCAAAGAGAGGCGGCUUUAUUACUUGGGCAGUUUGCCUCAACAGAUUCUGAUUGUAAGGUGCAUAUUGUGCAAAGGGGUGCUGUCAGACCUUUGAUUGAGAUGCUGCAGUCACCGGAUGUUCAGUUGAAGGAAAUGUCGGCCUUUGCACUGGGUAGAUUGGCGCAGGAUGCCCACAAUCAAGCUGGAAUUGCCCAUAGUGGUGGUUUAGGACCUUUAUUGAAGCUUCUUGAUUCAAGAAAUGGAUCAUUGCAACACAAUGCUGCAUUUGCUCUCUAUGGCCUUGCCGAUAAUGAGGAUAAUGUGUCGGAUUUUAUCAGGGUGGGAGGUAUCCAGAAGCUACAGGAUGGAGAGUUUAUUGUUCAAGCAACCAAAGAUUGUGUCUCGAAAACACUAAAGAGAUUGGAGGAGAAGAUUCAUGGAAGAGUUCUGAGACAUCUGUUGUACCUAAUGCACAUUUCAGAGAAGUCUAUCCAACGACGAGUGGCUCUUGCUCUUGCUCACCUCUGUUCACCUGAGGAUCAGAGAACCAUAUUCAUUGAUGACAAUGGGUUGGAGUUGCUACUCGGUCUUCUUGGCUCUACAAACACUAAGCAGCAACUUGAUGGUGCGGCAGCGUUGUACAAAUUAGCAAAUAAAUCUAUGGCACUUUCUCCAGUUGAUGCUGCUCCUCCUUCUCCAACACAAAGGGUUUAUCUCGGAGAGCAAUAUGUAAAUAAUGCUACGCUGUCUGAUGUAACCUUUCUAGUCGAAGGAAGGACAUUCUAUGCACACAGAAUUUGUUUGCUGGCAUCCUCAGAUGCAUUUCGCGCAAUGUUUGAUGGUGGUUACAGAGAAAAAGACGCUAGAGAUAUUGAGAUUCCAAAUAUCAAAUGGGAGGUGUUUGAGUUAAUGAUGAGAUUUAUAUACACUGGAUCUGUCGACAUAACGACCGAGAUAUCAAAAGAUCUUCUAAGAGCAGCGGAUCAGUAUCUCUUGGAGGGCCUGAAACGACUCUGUGAAUACACAAUUGCUCAGGAUAUAACGUUGGAAAGCAUAGGAGACAUGUACGAGCUAUCAGAAGCAUUCCAUGCGAUGUCGCUUAGGCAAGCUUGUAUCUUGUUCAUCCUGGAGCAUUUUGAUAAACUGAGUUCAAGGCCAGGGCAGAACGAGUUGGUGCAGCGAACAAUACCAGAGAUAAGAGAGUAUUUUUGUAGAGCUCUAACACAGUCUACUACAAACCUGCAAAGCUUGAGGUUGUAGAAUCUACAAUGUGGAAGAAGAAGAAGAAAAAGAAGAAGAAAAAGAAGAAGACUGCACUUAACUAGAGGUAAGUAGACAAGGAAUAUAUAGAGAGAGAGAGAUGAGAGAGCAAGCCGCUGUUAGAGGUAUUUUAUGGUCCUGUCCUGUGUUAAGUUAUUUGCUGUGCUUUUGGUUCAUUUUGGGUCGUUGUGUUAAUCUCUUCUGAUCACAAUCGGUCUUAAAAGAAAUCGGCAGAGUUGUAUCCAAAGAUACCAUUAUGGUAAACUUCCAUUACAUUCAAAUUCAAAAUCCUCGCUCCACUGAUCCCUCUAUGUGUUUGGAAGAAACGAGACUUUGGGGUAGGGUUGUGACUUGUUGAAUUGUGUGAUGAUGAGAUAUAAUUUACAUUUGCUUCAUCCGUUCAUGUC